CGGUGCGUCACGUCCCUUCUGGAGCUCUGAGCGCGGCAGCAUGGCCUCGUCUGCGAAGCGGCGUGCGGUUGGUGUCGGAGAAAACCCCGAGCAGAGUGAUGACAGCUCGGACGAGGGGCUGGAGCAGUCCGGAGACGAGGAGAGCGAGAACUCAGGAGAGGAAAUAAACGAGGAGGUCGUCGUGGAUUUCGAAGCGCACACGAUAUCCGACAACGACUUUAAUGGGAUUAAGAAGCUGCUCCAGCAGCUUUUUCUGAAGGCACAUGUAAACACCUCUGAGCUGACUGAUGUCAUCGUUCAGCAGAAUCACAUAGGCAGCGUGAUCAGGCAAGCAGACGUGCCGGACGACAGCGAUGAUGAGGAUCCAGAUGAAGUGUUUGGGUUCGUCAGCAUCGUAAAUCUGACCGAGAGGAAGGAAGUGGAGUGCGUGGAGCAGAUCAAGGAGCUGGUUUUGGGACAGUGUGAAAAGCUGUGCUCGGCUGCUGUGCUGGAGCAGUUUGAGAAGGUUCUGCAUGACGCGUCUCAGGCUGUCGGACUGCUGCUCAGUGAGCGCUUCGUCAACGUUCCACCGCAGAUCGCCCUGCCGCUCUACAGACAACUUCUAGAUGAGAUGGCUGAGGCACAAAAGACCAAUAAGCCAAGUGGGAAAUGCCAUUACUGUCUGCUGAUCAGCAAAACAUGCCAGGAGGCCAAGAAGACCAUCCCUGCUAGAGGGCCUCCAAAAGAGGAGCUCCUGUUCGUCAAUGCAGAAGAGGAGUUCUUUUAUGAGCAAGCCGUGGUGAAGUUUAACUACUCCGUCCAGGAGGAGGCCGAUUCAUGUCUCGCAGGACGAUGGUCGUUCGAUGAUGUACCUAUGAAACCCUUCCGCACAGUGUCUCUAAUACCCAUGGACAGAAUGCCAGUGAUUAUGGACAAGUUAAAGGAGUACCUCACCAUCUGAACAGGUCACACUGCUAUCUCAACAGCAGCCUUACACGUAUCCAGGCCUUUCCACUCUGUUCGUCUUGAAGACUCUGAGGGACUUUUGUGAAAAUUGCUAUUUGUUGGUGCAUAGAAUUUUGGUAUCAUGUGCUGAGAAACCAGCUAACAGUAAUGACCUCAAGGAUUAGUAAAGCCUCCAAUAACCACA